GCCAGGCCACCCGUGAUGCUCUACGCCAGCGCCUCCGUCCCGCCUCCUGACGUCACUGCGCAGCGCCGCGGUGCUCGCUGCUGUCGCAUGAGUCUUUCCUUAGUAACUUGGGUCGUAGCUGUGGAUGUUCCCAAGAGUUGUCUUCAGUCAUGGCCUUGGUAUUAAAGUGCUUCCGUGUGGUCCACCCUGCCUUUCGCAAUUACCUUGCAGCCUUGACCAGACCUGUUUCAAAAGUUACACUGAAGACUGUGAGUGAAAGACAACGCGACCAUAGGCAAUAUAUAGCCUUUUCAUCUGUCCCGGUCCGCCAUUUUGCUACCAAGAAAGCCAAAGCCAAAGGGAAAGGGCAGUCCCAAGCCAGAGUGAAUAUUAAUACUUCCUUGGUUGAGGAUAUAAUCAACUUGGAAGAAGUUGACGACGAAAUGAAGUCUGUGACGGAAGCACUCAAGGAUAAUUUCAAUAAGACUCUCAACAUAAGGACCUCACCAGGAUCUCUUGAUCAUAUUACUGUGGUAACUGCUGAUGGGAAGCUUGCAUUAAACCAGAUUAGCCAGAUCUCCAUGAAGUCACCACAGCUGAUUUUGGUGAAUAUGGCCAGCUUCCCAGAGUGUACAGCUGCAGCUAUCAAGGCUAUAAGAGAAAGUGGAAUGAAUCUGAACCCAGAAGUGGAAGGGACACUAAUUCAGGUACCCAUUCCCAAAGUAACCAGGGAGCACAGGGAAAUGUUGGUGAAGCUGGCCAAACAGCACACCAACAAGGCCAAAGACUCUUUACGGAGGGUUCGCAGCAACGCGAUGAAUAAGCUGAAGAAGUCAAAGGACAAGACCUCAGAAGACACUAUUAAACUCAUAGAGAAACAGAUCAGCCAAAUGGCCGAUGACACAGUUGUAGAACUGGACAAGCAUCUGGCAGUGAAGACCAAAGAACUCCUUGGCUGAGAGACCUGCCAGGGGCCAGCA